GAGACAGCAACCUGUCUGUUCCAAACCAGUAUUUGUCAAAACCAUUUUAAAUUGAUUCAGUCAAGUGACUGAGCGCAUGAUCCCCAAAACUCUUCGUGCUAACAGUUACAAUAGAGGCAUCAACAGACUCACACCGCUGCAGUGAUUGGCGAGAAGAGGAUAAAAACCAGCACAAGAGGAGAGUUUGGGGAAGCGGAAAGAGGAACGAGCGAGCGAGAGAUCGAGAGACCGGAAAAAGGAACGAGAGAGCGAGAGUUUCUGCCUGGAGGCAUUUAAAUAUUAGUUCCUUUUACUUUGUGUUUUGUUUUGAAAAUUAAAAGAUCCUCUCAGCCACGCCGACCCUGUUUCCUUCCUUCCUUUCUAUUUGAACCGCGUUACACUGGUGCCGAAACCAGUGUAAAGGAGAACGCCGCCGACAUGCAAACUCCGCCAACCACGCUGUUUGCAGACGUCAUCCAGGCGCUCGCGGGACUCCAUCAAGAGCACCAUCAGGCGCUGCUGGACCUACAAAAAGAGCAGGAGAAGAGGUUCCAGCUGCUCCUCCAGGCCCAGACGGAUGACCGCGAGCUGUUCCGGGGCUGGAUUACACACCAAGGGCAUUCCGAGGGGGCACCAUCGGCCGUCGGCCCGUCUGCCCCACUGCUGUUGCAUAAGAUGGGGCCGCAGGAUGACCCAGAGGCCUUCCUGGAGCUCUUCGAGAGGUCCGCGGAGGUAUCUGGCUGGCUCCGGGACAGCUGGGCCGCCCGGCUUAUUCCGCUGUUAUCGGGGGAGGCCCAGCUCGCGGCCCAACAGCUGCCGGUGCAGAACCUCCGGAGCUACGCGGACCUCCGGAAGGCCAUCCUCCAGCGGGUGGGACUGACCCGGGAGCAGCAGCGCCAGCGCUUCCGGUCGCUGGAGCUUGGGGACGGCGGCCAGCCCUUCGUGUUUGCCCAACGGCUCCGGGACGCCUGCCGCAAAUGGCUGCUGGACGACGACGGCGAUGUCGACACGAUCGUGGAGCGGGUGGUUCUGGAGCAGUUCGUGGGACGGCUGCCCACGGAGACGGCUCAGUGGGUACAGUGCCACCGGCCGGCAUCGCUGUCCCAGGCCGUCCAGUUGGCGGAGGACCACAUGGCGGCGUGCCGUGGGGUCGGCGAACCUCAAAACUCUCCUCUUUCUUUUUUUCCUGUACCUAGGUCCCGUCCGGUACCGCAGGCAGCGGCUCAGGCCCGAGGCGGCCCGGGAUCCAGGUUCCUGCCGAAUGUUAAAGCCACCCUCCGGCGUGGCGAGGCUUCCGGGACGUCAACUUCCUCUCCCUUCAUACCUGCCUCUUCUCGCCAAUCCCUUGGCCUGCUUCCUGCCACUGGGGCGGCGGGUAGGCCUGGGCCGGCCUGUUGGCGGUGUGGGGAUCCGGGGCACCUCAUCAAGAGGUGUCCGGUUAUGGAGGUUGGUGCGGUGAUCCGGAUCCCCGACGCCCCGCGGGCUGCCCUCGAUCAAGCUGGCCUGUACCAAAUACCUUGAUUGGCGAGAAGAGGAUAAAAACCAGCACAAGAGGAGAGUUUGGGGAAGCGGAAAGAGGAACGAGCGAGCGAGAGAUCGAGAGACCGGAAAAAGGAACGAGAGAGCGAGAGUUUCUGCCUGGAGGCAUUUAAAUAUUAGUUCCUUUUACUUUGUGUUUUGUUUUGAAAAUUAAAAGAUCCUCUCAGCCACGCCGACCCUGUUUCCUUCCUUCCUUUCUAUUUGAACCGCGUUACAAUGCUUUAUUUACCAUGUAAUUUGAACGUACAAAUGCAGGUUGGUGCAGAUGAAGCGCUACGGAUGGUCCGUCCUCGCGUGGGUCCUCUCCGGGCAGAAAAGUCUGACAUUUGUGGGAAAACUCCACCUGGCCAAAAGUACCUGACUGAAAAUGAUUCGGGACGCUAAAGAAUUGUGAACUUACUGAACUGACGAAACAAUCACGAACUUUCAGAAAACUAAUUCUCAUGCUCCAGAAAAAUACUGCAUUGUACUGUUAUUUACCCUCUGAUAUUUUCCUAUGCUAAAAGGAUAUGCAAAAAUAUUCAGUUGACAUUAACUGUUCUUUAAUUUAGAAACAAAUGUAAAAAAAUAGGAUUUGUGGUAACUUUCACGAUUUUGUAUGUUUUUUUUUCAAGUCCACAACACUGGAAACCCCAACUGAAGCAACAUAAAAUUGCAUGUUUUAACCAUGUGAAUUAUAAUUUAAACCUAAACAGUGUGAUAGAAGUCAAAGUCAAAAAAUUGCUAACAAAAUACAUAUUUAUUGUAGGACUGAGUAAUACAAUAAGUAAAUAGAAAAAACAUAUUUUUUGCAGUAUUUUAGUCUGUGUACCACAUGUGUAGCCUAUAUACUGUAUAGGGCCUAUGAUUGUGCCUGUUGGGUUUCUGCGUAUACUUGAUGUCUGAUUUGAUCAUAUUUAUGCUUGUGCUUGGUAAUCAAGGGAUAAAUGUUUGUGAAAUUCCAAUUGUGUGUAGUGAGCUGGAGUGCAAAAAAGUCUGCCAUUUUAUAAUUUUUAAGACCGCAUGUCCACUGGGAUGGACAUUAAAUAAAUAAAAUCCUGUGUUGUACAACUCUAAAAUAUAUUUAGAUUUUUUUGAAAAACAUAACAUAAUAAAAUAAAAUAUAACAGGGGCAAGACAAUGAGGUUACCAUUAACUUGGUAAACAAUCUGUGAGGUAUUAAUAAAAUGAUAGAAACAUUCAGUUUUAUUGGUCUAAACCAAAAAAGACGUAAUGUCCAUUCUUAUUGAAGCAGGGUCUGAAGGCUGUAACACAGCUCACAAUGCAUUGCAUACAGUACAACAGUAGAUUACUGUUGACAGAUGGCUGUAAAUUAACAGUAGUUUCUUAAACUGCAAAAUAUUGCCCAUGAUGCAUUGUUUUCUACAGUAUAUUACUGUUUUAACAAAAAAACGUAUGUUACUGUCAGAAUUUGGCUGUUUUUAACAGC